AUGGAGUAUUCACACGAUUACGACCACAGCUACAGCCAUGAACCCGGUCACAGCCAUGAACCCGGUCACAGCCAUGAACAUGGUCACAGCCACAGCCAUGAACAUGGUCACAGCCACAGCCACAACCACGAGGACGCCAUUGACGGGGACGAGUUAGUGCACCAGUUCACGCAGAGACGCGGCCGCGUGCCGACUCCUGACGAGGAGCAACAGUUGCGCGUGCAUGGUCACACGCACGAGCACAUGGAGCACGCUGGCGUGUUUGACAAGCGCGACGCAUCCAAGUCCGAACGGGACUGGAAACAGCGAGCUUUUACUAUAGGUAUCGGUGGCCCUGUGGGCAGUGGCAAGACGGCACUCAUGCUGGCGCUAUGUCGCGCACUCAAGGACAAGUUCAGUCUAGCCGCCGUGACCAAUGACAUUUUCACGCGUGAGGACGGCGAGUUCCUCGUCCGUCACGACGCUCUGCCAAAAGAACGCAUCCGGGCCAUUGAGACGGGCGGCUGUCCCCACGCGGCUAUCCGCGAGGACAUUUCGGCCAAUCUGCAGGCCUGCGAGGAUCUGACCGACGAGUUCGGCGCGCAGCUGCUGCUGGUGGAGUCAGGAGGAGACAAUCUCGCCGCCAACUUUAGCCGCGAGCUGGCUGACUACAUCAUCUACGUCAUCGACGUAGCUGGAGGUGACAAAGUACCUCGCAAGGGCGGCCCGGGCAUCACGCAGGCAGAUUUGCUGAUUAUUAAUAAGAUCGACUUGGCCCCGCACGUGGACGCGGAUCUGGACGUUAUGGACCGUGACGCUAAGAUCAUGCGUGGCAAGGGGCCGACGGUCUUUUCGCAGGUCAAUCAGGGCAAGGGCGUAGAGGACGUUAUUGGCCAUAUAUUUGAGGCCUGCAAAACUGCCAUGUAG